AUGGCAGCUCUCCUGGUUUUCAGCCUCGUCCUCUCUUCGUUGCAAUCGUUCGCAGCAGGUGUGCCAGUGCUGGUUGAAAGAAGUGCGGCCUCAGCAAUCUGUACGAACUGGAACAUGAGCUAUAAAUUGACGGCUAUCACGGCCCCCACACGAGGUUUCUCAGCGGUCCCGGCAGGAGGGCAAGAAUGGAACAUCAAUAUCGACGACAGCUCAGCAGGGCACAAACAGGCAAUCACUGGCUUUGGAGCUGCAGUGACCGAUGCCACGGUAUCUACAUUCAACUCACUGUCGAGUUCGACUCUCAGCAAGCUGCUAGGCACGCUUGUCACUCCCUCCGGCGCCAACUUCAACCUUAUGCGCCACACCAUUGGAUCCUCAGACUUGACUCCGGACGGCGCAGCGUACAGUUACGACGAUAGCAGUGCUCCCGACACAUCGCUCUCCAAAUUUGCACUAGGAUCAAAGGGAACCGCCAUGGCGAACUUGUUGGCAUCAAUGAAGAAGCAGAAUUCCAAUAUGAAGAUACUGGGCUCAUCUUGGAGUCCGCCGGGCUGGAUGAAGACCAAUCAGGUGCGUAUUCUAGCCGACUGAACACGUUGAAUCUCGUAUUGAUAUUCCGAAAGGCUCUCAUGGGAAACCUCACGAACAACAACCUGAGCGACAGAUAUCUCGAUUCGUCCCAGACCGACUACUCGACCGCGUUCGCGAACUAUUUUGUCAAAUACAUACAGGCAUUCAACAAACUCGGUGCCAACGUGGACGCUAUCACUAUCCAGAAUGAGCCUGUCUGGAGCACGGCGGGAUACCCGAGCAUGUAUAUGUACGACUAUGAGCAGGGCAACCUUAUCCAGUAUUCCGUCGGUCCCGCGCUGGCCAAUGCGAAUCUAGCAACAUCGAUCUGGGCUUACGACGCUAACACCGACCUGCCCUCGUUUCCUCAAAACAUCCUGACAAUGGCGAGCAAGUACGUCAAUACAGUCGCUUGGCACUGCUACGCCGACAGCUUAGACUGGAGCGCGAUGACUACCUUCCAGCAAGCAAACCCAGGCGUGCAGCAGAUCAUGACCGAAUGCUGGACUCCUGCAAUCAGCGGACAAAGUGACUGGUACCACGCCGCCAAUUUCACCAUGGGCACCCUGCAGAAUUGGGCAUCUGGAGCCCUCGCGUGGACGCUUGGAGCGGACCCUAACAAUGGACCCCACAUGACCAAUGGGUGUUCCUACUGCCAAGGCUUGGUGACCAUCAACAGCGCUACAAGCUACACUUUCAACAUGGCGUAUUACCUCAUGGCACAGUUUAGCCGGUACAUACCACGGGGCGCAAUUAUCUUGAGUGGAACUGGGAGCACCUCGUCCCCGAAAGACCUCGGCGUGCAAUUCGUUUCAUCUUUGAAUCCGGACAACACAAAGUCAGUAUCCUCCUCUUCUUCGUUUCUGGAUUUAUUCUGACAUCGUUCUGCAGGACCGUCGUAAUUCUGAAUACCCUCAGUAAAGACGUAUACCUUGAGCUCACCCUCAGUAGCAGUGGAGCACAGUGGAGCGGAAAAAUACCAACGAACUCGCUCGUCACUUGGGUGUUGCCGAGUAGCUAA